AUGCCGACCAAAAACAAUUUAAAAUUUGAUGAUACAAUACAGUGUUGUUUUUAUUCCUGCGAAAAAUAUUCUUACAAAGAUUGGGAAAACCUGUGUGCUAGUGUAAAUGAUUUAAUCUCGAAUUUGUCUAAAGAUUACCUAUGGAAUAGAGAUGAAUUCAAAGUGUGUAUGUCCUUACAACCAAACACUGAAAACAAUGCUGCUCAUUUGACAAGUGUUACUUGUUUUGGAGACAACAUUGAAGAUGAAUGGUUCAUAGUGUAUUUGUUAUAUGAAAUAACUAAAGUACACUGCGAUUUAGUUGUUUAUGUGGAAGACAGUGAUGGCUGUUUUCUACUGAUAGAGGCCGCAGACUAUAUUCCUGAUUGGUUACAUCCUGACAAUGCAGAAAACAGAGUUUUCAUUUAUCAAAACAAUAUACAUGUGAUUUAUCCUGAAUUAAUAAGUUUGGAUGAGGAGGUUGAUAUAAGCAAUGCUGUUGAAUUAAUUUCAAGUAAUAAAGAAAAAACUAAAGCACAACCUGAAGUGCAAACAGCAAUUUUUAAAAGGAUUAAUGGUUAUCCACAAAAAAUUCAAGAGGAUAUACACAAUUGUGUUGUAAGCUUACCUCUUGAACUAGCAACAAUUUUAAUGUUCAAACCAUCACUGAUUUCACCCAUUGUUAACGCUUAUUGCAAUUAUGACAUAUUUGAUGCAAAAACUUGCCAAAACAUGAAAUAUCAAAAUUGUAUUGAUACGCAGGUGAAGUUUCCCAAGUUAUUAUAUGCUAUGCUUCUAAAGUCUAAGCCUAUAAAAAGCUUAUUUAAAAGUUGCAAUAUAAUAAGUGAAGAAAGGAAAAUCUUGCUUGGAUUUAAACUUACAUGUGGUUAUCAAAUUAUUAUGAACCAAUCAGAAAAAGAUGUUUUAUCAUCACAUGGAUAUAAAAAAUUUCUUAAUAGUUUACAAAAAACUGGUUAUUUCAAAGAAAACAUUGAAGGUUCUAAAGAAUACACUGAACUACUAGAUAAAGCUACAACCUAUUUUCUUAAUAUAGAAUGUCCUUUAAACACUUAUACAUGCAAUGAAAUUUUAUCUAUUAAAACAAAUGAAGCUUUUCUCAGAAUGAAAGAUACUCUUAGAAAUGGUACAAAUAAUGUACUUAUGGAAGAUAAUGACGAUUGGUUAAAUAUUACCCCUGAUCAAUUGAAUGAAUUAUUAACAAAACAGUUUAAGCCUGGAGCUACUGCACUUCAAACAAAUGAAAUUAGUCCACAAAACAUGACCUCAGCUUUGAAAGAAUUUUUAAAUAAUCAAUCGGAUUAUGAGGGAAUAGAGAAACCAUUGGAAAGUGUGGACAAAGAUACAAUAGAUUUUGAUCCUGAUGAUUUUAAAAAUUGUAUUGAAAAAUAUUUAAAUAUGCUUACAUUAAAUAAUAAUGCUAAUGAAUUAAACGAAAAUAGUGAAUGUAGUGAAGAUGAUGAAAUUAGUCAAAGUAUUGAAAAGGAACUUGAAGCCAAAUUUCGCUUCAUAGCUAAAAGAGGUGAAAAUACUGUAAGGGAUAAUUUAGUACAAAGUAUGAAAGAAGAGGGGCUUACAGGACCUGCAAGUAAUGUAUUAAAAACUAUUGGUUUCAAAAAAACAGAUUUAUUGGAUUCCGAUGAUGAUGAAUAA